ACUCAUAACAUCAUCUUGGAUGCAGUCAAAAUAUUAUAGAAGUGUUCCAAGUAGAAUUAUAGUCUUGGUGCAAAAGAUUUGCUGCCUUUUAAUAGAAAAGAUAAAUCAUUUUUUAGAUCCUAUGAAUCUCUUCAAAAGUGAUAGAGACAAUGCAAAAAACAAUAUGAAACUUUCUCUUGAUAUAGUAAAUUUAUUUUUGAAAUCCUAUUAUGAAUGUCGUGAACGAGCAGAACACUCGGAUUCCAAAACUAAGCUCUAUCCAUGGGAAUUCCCUGACGAAAGAAUAUUUUCUCAUUUUGAAAAUUUCAUACAAAGAUUAGAAGACAUUCAUGAAAUUUUCUUAGCUGCAGAAGUAUAUUUUAACAUUCCUUGUCAAAAACUAACAAGUAUACAACAAUCUUCUUAUAAGAAAAGAUUAAAAGAGCUUCAAUCCAAAUUUGCUGAAAUUUAUAAAUUGUUUGAAUUCAGCUCGUAUAAUGUGUUAGAUCUUCAUUGUGUGGGCUUUGUGGAAGAUUUUGAUACUUUUUCUAUAAAAUUGAAAGAAUUGGAUCCAAAAUUAGGUAUUGUGGUUGGACAGCUCUGCUUAGUGUCUUCACCUGUUGAAGAUGCAUUUAAAAUAAUUGACAUUUUCCAAGAUGUUCUUCGACGACCUUUAGCAGAGAAGGAAUUUAGAAAGUUAAUUUCUUCACAUAUUAGUAACAUUUAUGCAGACUUUCUUCAUGCAAAGCACAGUUACAGAAAUUUCAUUACACUUUUAGAAAAGUCAAAUGACAAUUUUAUAUAUAAAAAUCUUUCCUGGUUUUCUGGUUCAAUGCAGUGGUCAAAAGACCUUCAAAAGAAACUAACAUCACCUGUUGAAGAGCUCCAAAAAGUUGAGCAAUACUUCGUAGAGUCAGAUGAGUAUAAAUAUACUUUGGGUAUUAAUGAAGAAAUGAAGGAUUUGCUGUUGAAGUAAGCGAGAACUUAUUAAAUUGUUUAAA